AUGGUGGAUGAAUAUUAUCGACUGAUUCAUGUUUUUGAAACGGUUUCGGUUUUUGCACCGAGUGAAAAGGUAACUUGUGUUGAUGGAACAUCAAGAGCGCUAUUUGUUGGUACUUCACAGGGACGCAUUUUGCUUGUGAAUCUUUCUACAAAGAAUGUGAUUAAUGCGUUGCAACUUUCAACGAAUGCUCCCAUUGCACGAAUAGUGGCUGCCACAGCACUUGAUUAUCUUAUUGUUCUGUCAGCGUCCACCAUCUUUAAUAUAGAAAUAAAGACAUUGAAGCCAAUUAGCUCAAGCGCAGCGUCGAACAUAGCUCAUUUGGCACUGAAUAAGGAUCCAGUAGUAGCAGAUCCAUUUGCCUUACAGUUUGCUUUAGUUACGAACAAUCGUUACAUUCUAGUUUGUGAAAGUAAGGCAGAUAAUUUGGUAAUUCAACAAGAGAUACGAACUGAAGACAAUGUGGUUGCUUUGUCGUAUAAUAAAUAUGGCAUAUGCUAUGCUCUGCCCAAUGCUUAUUUUGUCUAUAAUAUCCUGGAAAACAAAACUCUGUCGUUGUUUCCGUACGACUCACAAGCUAUACUUCCUAUCAUUAUAAACAUAGAUUCGGAGGAAUUUCUGGUGAAUGGUAUGCAAGGCUUAGGCGUUUUCGCAACAUCAGAAGGUGUUUCAUCGCGACCACCGUUAUUCUGGGGUCUGACUUCUAUCGUAUCAUUUGCUUAUCGUUCACCACAUGUCUUUGUUCUAACAGCGUCAUCGAUUACCGUUUACAGUUCCGAACAGUCAGUUGUUCUGCAAAGGUGGCCCUUCACUACUGGAACGUUAUUGGAGUGUAUUGAUGGACAAUUGUCAGAAGCUCUUGCCGAUAGUGGAGAGUUGGAUGAAGCAUUGAGAUUUGCUGAAAAUGCUGUUUCCAAUGGGCAGUAUGACGAAGCAGAAAUACUGAAAUUCAAUGAGUUAAAACAGAAAGUGGCCUUAAUGCUUUUCAAACGGGAAGAAUUUGAAAAAUUUUACGGUUUGGCUGUGUUAUCCGAAUUAGAUCCUCGUGCGGUUUUGAUAUCAUUUGAAUUUUUGCUUCCGUUCCCAUCAGGGUUUCGAUCAGAGCUAAGCAAGGAGAUCACAGAGUCAUCAAAAGAAGCUUCCGAUGAUUGCGUUAUGGAAGGAUCCGUUCAACUUAUAACUUUUUUGGAACAUUAUUUGAGAACGACCAGAAAAUUUCAUUGGACCGCUGGAUUUCGUCGGGAUAUUGACGCUCUAUUACUAAGAUUGAUAUCACUACGACAAGACGCACUAGAUGCUGAGGAUAUGUCAUUAAAUCUUCAUUGCACAUUUGACGACUGCAAUGAAUGGAUGCGGAAACAUAAGCACCGGAAAUUCCUUAUUACCAUUGCAUUUUGCCUCUUAGAUUUUGAUAACGCACUUGCAAUAAGUCAAGAAUUAUAUAAUGAGAAUCUUUGGGAUGAUGGAAUUGCCAAAUUGUGUCUGCAGUUCUUUCCAAGAUUUAAUUCAGAACGAACGAUAUUAGGUUGGGUUGAAUUUUUGCUCGAAGUUCGCCAGGAUGAUGUAAUCGACGGUCUGAGAAGAUGUCCGGUCAAAUUAGACCACAGGAAAAUUGUACGAAUCUUGCAACGAAAGCGGAACACGCUUAUCAAAUAUCUUGAAGGAAUUACAUCCCUCCAAAAUAUCGAAUUCCAUUCAAUGUUAUUUUCAAUGUACGUAGACGAAAUCAACGCGUUAUUGGGCGAAGGUGGAGAAAGCGAAAAAUCAUGCAGGAGAAAGCUACGUACCUUCCUUCUUCAGCCAAAUAAGCUAAAUUUAUUGGACACGUGCGCGGUUCUUAAAAGUUAUCCGCACUUUGCUGUCGAACUAACCCUGCUUGAGGGUGUUAAGGACAAAGGUUCUAUUGAAUGCCUGGAAAAAUUACUCAAUGACCACAAAGAUUACGAUGCAGCCGAAUUAUUCUGUAUUUACACAGAUACAUCGGAGCACGUUUUGAGAUUGACACUUCUGAAGUUCUAUCUACGAAAUGUCGCGUCUCAGCCGGAAUUUGGAUCACGUAUAACCAAUUUACUGAACACACCCAGUUUCACCUCAAAUGGAACUGAAAUAAUGCAAAAUAUCCCGAAGGAAUGGUCAUUAUCGUCAAUUCUUUGUUUCGCAGAAGGUACCGUAUUAUCAACAAAAGACCGAUCUCACUGUCAGCAACUGAAGAAAAAGGCGCUAAAAGCACUCUCAAAAGAAGCGCUGAAAGCUGCUCAGCUACAUAUUCAAAUUGAUGAAAAAACAACAUGUACUGCAUGCGGAGCACCAAUCAGUAACGAAGACGCUGCAUGCUACCCAAAUUCAAGCCAGUCUAGUAAUUGUGCGAAUCGAACAGAAUCUGAUGAGCUUCCUAGAAGAGCCUUGGACGACUGUGUCGGUGGUGUCUACCAGAAUGUAAUGGAUAUUCUAGAUUGUGGACAACUGCAUGACGGACAUGUUCAAUACCACUGCUGUUCACUCCUAUCAGAAACAUUGUCCACAAGAAAAGAUUUCUAA